CCUCCCCCUGCGCGGCGUGAAAGAAAACUGUGUCAGGGAAAAUGGCGGCGCUGACUGAUCGGGGCAUACCUCUGAGCGCACUCAGCCCAAAAUUCCUGCACACAAACUCCACAAGUCACACCUGGCCUUUCAGCGCUAUUGCAGAGCUCGUAGACAAUGCAUAUGAUCCAGAUGUCAGUGCCAAACAGUUUUGGAUCGAUAAAACACGGAUAAGAAACACUGACUGUCUGACAUUCUUGGACAAUGGAAGCGGGUUGAGCUAUGACAAGAUGCACAAGAUGCUGAGCUUUGGCUUCAGUGAUAAGCAGACUAUAGAUGGCCACGUCCCCGUCGGUCUGUACGGUAACGGCUUCAAGUCUGGCUCCAUGCGCCUGGGGAGGGAUGCCAUGGUGCUGUCAAAGACCCGGGAUGCCAUGUGCGUGGGAAUGCUCUCUCAGACGUACCUGGAACAAACAGGAGCCAAUCACGUGGUCGUCCCCAUCGUUGCCUUCAGACGCACAGGACCAAACCAGUCACUCCAUUCUGCGCCAGAGCACUCAGCCAGUUUGCAGGACAUUCUAAAAUACUCGCUGUUCCAGACCGAGUCGGAACUGUAUGCAGAGCUGCUCGCCAUCACCGCCCACGGAACCAUGGCUACCACCGGAACCCGCGUCGUCAUCUGGAACCUCAGAAAAACCACGACAGGGCAAAUGGAGUUUGACUUCAACACAGAUCGGUACGACAUACGGAUCCCUCCGACUGUUUUUGAAACCAACAGGGAAACAUACAAACGGCCAGAGCGGGUGAUGGAGUCCCCCCCAGAAAGUGACUUCUCACUGCGGGCAUAUACUAGCAUAUUGUACCUGAAGCCAAGGAUGCAAAUCAUCAUCAGGGGACAGAAAGUCAAGACCCAGCUCGUGUCCAAGAACUUGGCGUACAGCCGGCAUGACGGCUACAGGCCCAAUUUUCACAACGCACGUGUCAAGAUCACCUUUGGCUACAACACCAAAAGCAAAGAUCACUAUGGCAUGAUGAUGUACCAUAAAAACCGCCUGAUCAAAGCGUACGAGCGUGUUGGAUGCCAGCUCAAGGCCAACAUCAAAGGCGUAGGUGUCAUAGGUGUUAUAGAGUGCAACUUCCUCAAACCAACUCACAACAAACAGGAUUUUGACUACACGGAUGAAUACAGGAAAACCAUCAACAGUGUUGCGAUUAAACUUGAGGAGUACUGGAGAGAGAUUCGGCACAAGAGGGACCAAGAAGACCCUAACUGUACAAUUCCUUUGGAGGACACCUUCAAGCGCCCAGAUCAGAACUGGGCCCAGUGUGACAAGUGUCUGCAGUGGAGGAAGCUCCCGGACGGCAUCGACCCAGACAGACUCCCCGAUCGGUGGUUCUGCCACCUGAAUCCAGACCCGCAAUUCAGGAGUUGCCAUGUACCACAAGAACAAGCUGAUUCAGACGAUGAGGCCUCCUACCCAAAAACUUACAAACAACAUGAACGCCACAGCAGAAUGCAGCUGGAGAGACAGAGGCAGCAGAUGGAGGAAGCGAGGAAGAAGGAGGAGAUGGAGAGGAUAUCCAGACUGAAGGAGCAGAACGAACAGCUGCGACGGCAGCACGCACGUCUAACCCAGCAGAUCAGAAAUUCGACUGAUUUGCCUGCCAGGCUAGCUGGCUCCGUCCAGAGGAGUGCCUUGGCAACAGCCCCCCGCAGCUCCGGCGGACACAGUCAGACAGGCUCGUCCUCCGAGGGGAUGCCCAUCAUCACAAGUGUCUGCUCCCUCUCCACACCAUCCAGACUGAAGAGGAGGCGAACUUCAGGGCUCGACAGUGCAGAGGCAAAGCAAGCACGUGCCAGCCAUUCUCCGGGGUCAGAGGUCGCGACUGCGUCCUCCCCGGCUGCAGCCUGCCCGGUUCCCACAGUGGUCAUCCCCGAUGAUGACGACGAGGAGGAGGAGGAGGAGGAUGAAGACAUUGUCAUCGAUGAAACGAAGAGCACCCCCAAACCCAAGGCGCCGACCUUUGACAUCGCCCGAGUGAAGACGGAGGGACGGACCACCGAGGUGCCCGGGCUUCUCUUGGACUGUACCGACGACGCGGCCCCGGAUGUGCCCGAACCCGCGGCGGCGGCGUCGUCGGCGGCAACUCCAAACCGCUCGCCCUCGACAAGCGCGGAACAGCAACAGGAGCAGGUCAGCACCACCACCCAGACGGAGACGAGCGCCGCUAUCAAAGAGGAGAAGGAAGAGGUGAAAAACACGGCGGACGGCCGCGAGAAGAACAGGGCGAAGGAGGCGGAGGCGGAGAGAACGGACGCAGGCACGUCGGCGCUCGCAGAAGAAAAGGCGGCGAAGGCAACUGAGGACGAGGCAGCGUCGGCGUCGCCGAUGGACGUGGCUGCAGCCGAGGAGGGCCCCUCAGCAAGUCCACUGGGGAACGAGGCGAGGGGGUCUACGGAGGUCGCGGGCGGCAAAGGAAGCGGUGAAAUCGGUGAGGCGGCGGUCGAAGCCAAUGAGAUGGACCCGCCGACAGACGGAGAGGGGGAAAGGGCAGCCGUGCAGCCUCCGCAAGACGCUCAGACCCCGCGGGAGAAAGCCAUCCUCAUCGAGGCCCAGGAGCAGCAGGACCAGCUGAUGGAGAUGAUGGAGAAGACGGCCUCGGAGAGGGACGCGUUCCAGAGCGAGGUGCACCAGCUCAUCGUCAAGGUGGAGGACCUGGAGCAGAACCUGGAGCAGCUCUCCCAGAAGUCUGUGAAGCGAGAGGUGACCCAUCAGGAGUGCCAGACCGACAAGCCGGAGAGCGACGCGAGCGAUCUCGAAAGCCUCCAGCAACAGUUGGAGCAGGUUCGGAAAGAAAGGGAUGCUCUGGCGGAGGAGAAGAAACGGUGGCAAGAGAAACACAGAGGAGAAGGGUGCAGCAGCUCGCCAAAAAAAGGGCAAAAAGAGGAAGAGGGGGCAGGCUCGUCUCAGGUUAACGUUGUGGACGACGAACUGGCUCUGCAGGUGGACUUCUUGCUCAGGGAGAUGGACCAGUGCAAUGCGGACCGGGAUGACCUGAAAUCCAAGCUGGGCAGUCUGGAAGUGGAAAAGGCAGCUUUGGCUUCCCGGAUGGAGCAGCUGCAGAAAGAGCUGGAGGAGAUGAGAAGAGAUGGGAGCAGGGACCCAGCUGGAGGCGCACAGGGCCAGAGUUCAGCCGAGGCGAGAGGGGACGCGGCCAGUGGGUCCUCCCCAAGCCGCCAGGUGCAGGCCAACGACUCGUCCGAGCGGCGGCGGCAGAACGGGACGGAGGAUGGAGGUGGGAUGGAGGUGGAGACCCAGGGAGAGAGGAAGGUUCAGGGGGACAGCCAGACACAUGGGAGCUCUGACCGGCUUAGCAAAGAGGAAAAGCAAAGGCUGAGUGAACUUCGACGAAGUGUAGGCCGCCUCCUGGUCACAUUUGUGCCUGCUCUUGACCUUAACCAAGUUAACUACGAGUGCUCCGUCAUCGAUGAAAUUCUGGAUCAAGUUCUCCAGGAGAUCUCGCAGAGUGAGAAUGGGAUUGAUGCCACGUAGUUUAAACCAAAACUGUUUUGGGGUAGAAAAAGAACAAUAAACAAAUCUCAAGUCUUUUUAAAGUCUUCACAAUGACAUGCUUCCUUUUAUAUCUUAAAAAAAAUGGGAGAAAAAUAACCCUGUUGAAUGUACCUUUUUUUUAUAUUGUACAUAAUUUAAAAAACAUAUUUUUGUACUGCUGCAUACUGGUUUGUUAUACAUUUAAAAACUGAACUUGCACUGACUACUGUACUGAAGUUAAAAAAGUGUAAUUUUAUUUUGGAUCGUCACCAAUCCAGUGGAUAAGAAUUCUUUGUUAAUUUUGUUUUAUCUUGUUCAAUAAGUUCAAUAAAAUGUGCACAACUCAUUACCACCAGGUAUCUAUUUUGAAGUCUAUAGUACGUAAACAUGUUACUGGGAAUGUUCCAGUGUUUUACAUAAGCUUUCACCAUAAGAUAUUUUAUUCUUAAGUUUUUAAAUAUUGUGAAAAGCAUAUAUUUGUCCUUUUCCCUAUCUCUUUAAUCAUGUAAGAGAUAAUGAUGUGCCUUGCACAUUUUUGUUAUGUUUUAGUUCAUUUUGUUUUUGGAGUGUAACUUAACAGGUAAAAUGGAGAAGCGCACAGAAGAAAUCAGUCACUUUGGGUUCCACACACUUAAGAGAAAUUUGAAAAUCUUAGUUACAACUGGUUAAUGUGCUAUCACGCCAUUUUUGUCAUUGAUGUUAACAUGCUGUCAAGAAAUGAACCAAUUCAAUAUUUCAUCAGUCUGUACGUUUCUUUGUUUGUCUGCAUUUCUAGACUCUGUCUGAGUGCUUUCCUUUUGCCUUUAGUCCACGGGCAUGUGAGUUAUUAUUGUUGUCAGGUUUUUUAAGUUCUGUGUAAAUUCCCCUGAUAUUUUUGUAUUAUUAAGUAUGUUUGCCUGAUGUACAAAUGGAUGUUAACUUGAGGGUACUUUACAUAUUUCAGACUGUUAUAAAUAUAUUUCAUUACCAUUUUUCUUGACCAGUAAUAAAAUUAGUUGAAAAUA